AUGAAGCAGCACAGCUUCUCCCCACCAAGCUGUUCGCUAGCUUUCCUACCUCGAAAGCGAGCCUCGAGACAUCGUGGAAAGGUUAAGAGUUUUCCCAAAGAUGACCCCAAGAAACCCGUACACCUCACCGCAGCCAUGGGCUACAAGGCCGGCAUGACAACUAUUGUCCGUGAUCUCGAUAGACCGGGUGCGAAGAUGCACAAGAAGGAGGUGGUCGAGGCUGUAACCGUUAUUGAAACUCCACCAAUGAUGGUUGUCGGGCUUGUUGGCUAUAUCGAAACCCCUCGUGGUCUCCGAUCCCUUACAACUGUCUGGGCCGAGCAUCUCAGCGACGAGCUAAAGCGACGAUUCUACAAGAAUUGGUACAAGUCAAAGAAGAAGGCAUUCACCAAGUAUGCAAAGAAACACUCCGAAAACAAAGCAUCCUCAAUCACCCGAGAGCUCGAGAGAAUCAAGAAGUACUGCACUGUGGUGCGAGUCCUUGCUCAUACACAAAUCCGUCAGACACCGUUGAAACAAAAGAAAGCCCAUCUUAUGGAGAUCCAGGUAAAUGGCGGCAGUGUAGCGGACAAGGUCGAAUUUGGUCAUGGUCUUUUCGAGAAGCCCGUGGACAUUGACACAAUUUUCGAGCAGGAUGAGAUGAUCGACUGCAUCGCUGUCACCAAGGGACACGGCUUCCAGGGAGUGACUAGCAGAUGGGGAACGAAGAAGCUUCCAAGAAAGACUCACAAGGGUUUGAGGAAAGUUGCUUGCAUUGGCGCCUGGCAUCCAUCCCAUGUCCAAUGGACUGUUGCUCGAGCUGGUCAAGAUGGUUAUCACCACCGGACUUCGGUCAAUCACAAAGUGUAUAGAAUUGGCAAGGGCAGCAACGAAGCGAACGCUUCUACAGAGUUCGACCCAUCGAAGAAGCAAAUCACUCCGCUUGGUGGCUUCGUCCGCUACGGUGAGGUGAAAAACGACUUUGUCUUGCUCAAAGGAUCUGUUCCCGGUGUCAAGAAGCGAGUCAUGACACUUCGCAAGUCGAUGUUCCCUCAUACAUCCCGAAAGUCCCUCGAGAAGGUCGAGCUCAAAUGGAUCGAUACGUCUUCGAAAUUCGGUCAUGGCGCCUACCAAACAGCAGCAGAGAAGAGACACUACCUGGGCACACUCAAGAAGGACCUUUCUGCAGCGGCAUAG